AUGGUCAGAUUCCUUCUCAGCACUGAGAUUCUUGUCAGUGGUCGAAGAGGACAUCGGUGUCUGCGGAAGACGGCGACGGUGUUCGUGCUGAACCUGGCGGCGGCGGACCUGGGGAACUCCCUCAUGCAUUCCAUGGCCACCGUCUCCUCCUUCAAUGACGGGUGGCAGUUCGGGAACGCAGGAUGCAAAUUUUACGCAGGGAUGGUGGGGCUGUUCGGUCUGGUGUCCAUCAUGACCUUGUCCGCCAUCGCCGUGGAGAGAUGCCUCGUCAUCGUUCCGCCUUCCUCGAAAUUCUCCAAACCCACGCCACUAUUCGCCAAAAAGGACGCUUCGUUCGUCGCGGCCUGCUUAUUUGAAUUGGAGGCUGAACGACGCUUGCCAUCCCUUCAGGUGUGCAUCGGGAUCUGGUUCUACUGCCUGGCCCUGGUGAUUCCCCCAUACCUGGGAUGGAGCGACUACGUCCCCGAGGCGUUCCUCACGUCCUGCACCUGGGAUUUUUACACCCGGACCCUGAGUAACCGGGCUUAUUAUAUCUUUCUCCUCUUUUUCGGAUUCGUCGUUCCCGUCUCCAUCAUCCUCUUGUCUUACCUCUUCAUCAUCCGCACGUUCCGACAACUCAAGGAGGUGGGAGAGACUAUGGAAAACGGGAACGUGCCCAUACGGGAAACUCGAAAACGCACUGAAUUCCGGGUGGCCAAGAUUAUAUUCGUACUCAUCGUCCUAUUUCUGAUGUCCUGGACCCCGUACACGAUCAUCAGCUUCAUCGCCAUAUUCGGGGACAUCGAGCUGAUCACCCCCUGGGCCUCGGCCGCUCCGGUCGUCUUCGCCAAAGCGUCCGUCGUCUACAACCCCAUCGUGUACGGGAUCUCCCACCCGGCGUUCCGCUAUAACCUCAAGCGGAGGCUCAUCAACAUCCUGAGCGCGAACAUGAGCGAGGAGGGGAAGGAAGUGUUUCCAUCCACGUCCUCUGAUGCGUGUGGCCUUCAGCGCAGCAACGCCAGGCGAUUUUCUCGCGACUCCUCUUCUGUCAACACCGAUCGGAUACUGUCCCGAUUCCGAAGCUACCACAGCGAAGCGAGUUUCAGCGACACCAACUCGAACGCGAACAGCUUCAAGGAGCGUCACAGCCGCAGUCACGCCGAGAGGACGGUGCGAUUCGCGGAGCGCCAGCAGAUCGCCGACAGUUCCGCGGGAAAGAGAGGGGGGGAAGGGAGGAGGAGGAGGACGGAGGAGGAUCCCCCGACGGAUGAGGAUGAUUACAUCACGGUCAAUUGCAAGGAGAAUGGGGAGGCCGUCAUCCGCAUCUCCAGGAAGAAAGACUCUCGAGAGGGAGAUCCCACUCCUGGAGUUCUGGACGAUAAUCAGCUGAUCCAGCUGCUCCUCGAUGCCCUCAAGAAAAAACAGGAUCCGCCCCCAGAGAACGAGUGUGGGGCGGGGAAGGAGACUCCCUUCAAGGAAUCCGGUGGAAAGGUGAGCUAG